GCGCCGCAGCGUCGUGCUUGUUCUGAUUUUCUGAAGCCGGUGGCGGGAAGGUCGUAGCAUUAUGUCUGGUCGCGGCAAAGGUGGUAAGGGCUUGGGAAAGGGGGGUGCAAAGCGCCAUCGUAAGGUGCUCCGUGAUAACAUUCAGGGUAUCACGAAGCCGGCUAUUCGUCGUUUGGCGCGCCGCGGUGGCGUAAAGCGUAUUUCCGGCUUGAUCUAUGAAGAAACCCGAGGAGUGCUGAAAGUGUUUUUAGAGAACGUGAUCCGUGAUGCUGUCACUUAUACCGAACAUGCUAAGCGAAAGACUGUGACUGCCAUGGACGUAGUGUAUGCUCUGAAACGCCAGGGUCGCACUCUCUAUGGAUUCGGGGGCUAAGUUUCCAUCCGGCUUUAAAGUUGAAACGUCUUCAAAACCACAAAGGCUCUUUUAAGAGCCACCCACGCUUUCACAGCGAGAGCUUAAUUACUAGUCUGGUGUUGAAACUGC